GGUCUUGAGGCUCUUGUAAAUUUACUUAAGUAAACGUUACUUAUCUACCGCGGCUGGACUUCAAUGUCACCUGGGUUUACAAAGGGUUAAAUUUUACCGACAGUGUGGGACCAUGGUGAGUCCAGAAGGCAGUUCCCAUUUAGCCGCUCAGCAGCUCGCAUGCGGUGCAGCAACACCCCUUGAUUCAUAAAAUUUGCUCCUGGCAUCUCAGAGCGACGCUUCCUUUUUGUUGGAGAAAUAACUAAUAAACAAAAUGACACGGAAGAGCCAAGGCUUGACUCCACCCGUGGCUAGUCCAGCUGAGAAGUCCGUCCAACCCACGGCGUAGGGUGGACAGGGGUGCCAGACGAGAGCGGACGCGAGCUGAAGGGAGGGAGGUCGGACUCGGCUCGGCGUACCCGCAGCCGAAGCCCCUGCGUCGAGGAAGCAGCGCGCAAUGCAAGCCUUUCAUGCGGCUGAUGUGACUGACUGACCUGAGUUCCCCUCAGCGCUGAGGCACCCCAAUUCUUCGCCUGCAUCCUCUCUGGUGCCGGGCCAGCGUGGUCGAAGGGCUGUAUUACCGCCGAUCAUUUUCUGUGGAAACUAGACCAAAACAAAACAAGGUGUGUUGUGGCCAUUUCCGAUCCGAUGGUUUCCGAUUAUUCUCGAUGUCCAACUUGAUUAGACAGCCAGGAAAAUAGAACAAACUUGCGCCUCUCAGCCGGGUUGUAAAGGACGUCCCCUCAUGUUACCUUCCGCAGAAUCAGAUGAAGCCGUUGCCAUUUUUACCGAUUGAGACUUAAUGUAAAUAGACUACAUUUCAGCAAGGAUGGGCUGUGCAAUAAGCACCAAACCGAGAGUAAACAGUCUUGUCCAUCGGAACCGGGCCAAUGGCGUUGAAGCUGGGCAACAGGUUCAUUUUGAAGAUCAAGCGACAUCAUUUGAACACUCCCAGGCAAAGACAUUUGUUGCAUUAUAUGACUAUGAACCAGCAAGCGAACGUGAUCUGGGAUUUAAGAAAGGUGAACGCCUUAUUGUGAUAUCAGAAAAAGGAGAAUGGUGGAAGGCAAAGUCCUUGGUCUCUGGCAAAGAAGGUUAUGUUCCCGGUAACUUCAUGGCAAGAGUGGACACAAUAGAAGUUGAAAGUUGGUUCUUCAAAGGAAUAAGCCGGAAGGAUGCUGAGAGGCAGUUGUUGGCUUCAGGCAAUAAAUCGGGAACGUUCCUAAUCCGGGAGAGUGAAACUAGUAAAGGUUCCUUUUCGCUGUCUGUGAAGGACAAUGACCCUAAAUAUGGUUCUGUAGUGAAGCACUACAAGAUAAGACUACUUGAUGAUGGGGGUCAUUAUAUCACUCCGAGAGCCACAUUCCCCAAUUUACAGAAAUUGGUUCAUCAUUAUUCAAAAAGUUCAGAUGGACUGUGCCAGCGUCUGACUAAGCCAUGCCCCAUGCAGGUUCCUCGAAAGCCCUGGUGGCCGGAUGAAUGGGAAAUCCCAAGAGACGCCCUCAAGCUUGGAGCUAAACUUGGAGCUGGGCAGUUUGGGGAAGUUUGGAUGGGUUACUAUAAGAACAAUACCAAAGUUGCCAUUAAAAUGUUGAAGGAGGGCAGCAUGUCUCCACAGGCUUUUCUGGAAGAAGCCAACCUUAUGAAGACACUUCAACAUGACAAGCUGGUGCAGCUGUAUGCAGUUGUGACAAAGGAGCCCAUAUACAUAGUGACUGAAUUUAUGGCAAAAGGUAGUUUGCUGGAUUUUCUAAAGACCAACGAAGGAGGGAAGUUAGAGCUAACAAAAUUAAUUGACAUGUCGGCUCAGGUGGCAGAGGGCAUGGCGUAUAUUGAACAGAAAAAAUACAUCCACAGGGAUCUGCGAGCUGCCAAUAUAUUGGUAUCUGAUUCGUUGGUCUGCAAGAUUGCAGAUUUUGGUCUUGCCCGACUUAUAGAUCAUGAAUACACAGCACGUGAAGGUGCUAAAUUCCCUAUCAAAUGGACAGCUCCAGAGGCUAUUAAUUACGGUACCUUCACAAUCAAGUCUGAUGUCUGGUCCUUUGGUGUACUUUUAACGGAAAUUACAACGUAUGGGAGAGUACCAUAUCCAGGGAUGAGUAACCCUGAAGUAAUCCGGAGUCUAGAACGCGGGUAUCGAAUGCCUCGCCCCGACAACUGCUCAAAUGAACUCUAUGAUAUCAUGUUGAACUGCUGGAAAACUGCUCCAGACGACAGACCCACAUUUGAAUACUUACAGAGUAUUCUGGAGGACUUCUUCACAGCCACAGAAGGGCUCUAUCAUUCUGCUUAGCUCCAGGCACCUAGUGAAAGAAGCAGGUGCUUUGCCACCAGACCUCAAAUUAAACACUUUGUUUUCAUUCAUGUGUUGCUGAAAACAAUUCAAAGAAAACCAGCUUCUUAUGUGUUUUGUCCUAAUUGGUUUGCCAUAAUCGUUUGGUUUUAACCGUAAACAAGCCACAUUUUGGGCUGAUGUUCUGAAGACUCAGUGUUAAUAGAAACAUGUGCCUGCAGAAGAAACUAUUGAGCACGUUUCAUUGGAAGUGCCUUCCACAAACUCUUGUGAGCAUAGAAAAAUGUCGUUCCUGAUUAAGUACCUUGCCAGCAUUUUUGACAGCUCCUUCUCCUUGGGAUCUUUGGCUGGUUUAGAUAAAAUUUGUGUACACUUUUCAUGCUGACUUGGGAAACUCAUUCCAAGCUUGUCAUCUUGAAACCUUCACAUUAUGUUUUGUAGCUGUCUAGCUAUGUCAGUUCACUGACUGAAUGCUAGAAACAUUGAGAGUUUUUUAAAUUUCAUUUUUAUUAUGUUCUAUAUUUUAUAGAGAGUAUCUGAACAAUUUCAUAUGAAACCAUUAUUGCUUAUGCUGGAAGUUUUCCUGAAGCUAUAUUGGCUGUUCUGGCUUGUUAAUGUAUUACAAGAUGUAAGCCAAAAUUUUUCAAAGCUACAGAUUUUUCUGAAGUUUAAAUCAUCAUUGAACUCAUGUUAAAAUGAUCUUGCUUUUUACUUGAAUAUGCACAAUUGUUCACAUCUAAACAUAUUGCUUAGAGACUGUACGGUGCAAUUCCAAUUCAGUGGUUUGCUGAUUUUCCAACUGUUGAGUGAUGCAGAUCAUGAGAGCUUAACCUUGACUCUAGCUCAAGCUCUUUGAUUACCAUCAGUUUACAGAGCAGAAGUUUAUUUAAGAACUUUCGUUCAACAUUGAACCAAAAUAUGAUUUGCAGUAAGGGUUGAGGAUUCAUCCUUUUAAAAGACUUGUGGUUUGGUAUUUUGCAGUUCAUGUAUGAUAAGAAGGAACCACGUGAUUUGAAAUUAUUG